UAGUUAUUUGUUUCAUUUUAUGUUGUGAGUUGUGAUUACGAAGGACGAGAGUACACGAAAACAAUUUGUUAAACUGAAUUCUGUGUCUGUUGUUUGUUGAUUUACACUUUGCUUCAUUUUAUUUUAUUUCCGUUGGGGAUUCGUAUUAAAAAAUAUAUAUGAAAUUUGGGCGGUGGGUGGCAGUUUAUAAUGGCACCUUUACUUUAGUUUAAGGCGGAUAUUUGAUUGUUGGGUAAGUCGAAAUGGAUACUAAGCAGCCAAAGCAUAAAACCCGAAGUCCACCAAAUUUUAUUUGUUACCAUUGUCAUAAAAAUUUUAACAAAAAAUCUAACUUGAUUCGUCACAUCGAAAGAGUGCAUUCUCAAAAUAAUAAGAUUAAUAGAAGUUUACGGAUAAUAAAGUGUUUGCUAUGUGGGUUAGAAUGUUUAAAACAAGAUAUGGUUGGGCAUUAUAACCAAAGUCAUGCGAUAAAAAUAAUUACAGAAAGAAUAGAAUUUGAUCAUCUUGAGGAUUUUGAAAAAUGGAAAGAACAGAUGGAAGAUGAUACAAUUGCAAAGUUUAUAAGACACAGAACCAAACAAACAACUAAUCAAAUUAUUCAUUUUUAUCGCUGCCACCGAGAUGGUUUUUAUAAAACCUGUGGAAAGCAAAUUCGCCGGUUAAAGUUGUUGGGAAGCAAUAAAAUUAAUGGUUAUUGUCCUGCUAAGUUAAUAGCCACCGUUUUAAAAGAAAGUAAUGUUGUCAAAGUAAACUUUACAAAAACUCAUGUUGGCCAUGAAAUGGACCUAUGUCGGAUCAUUCUAUCCAAAACUAAGAAACAAGAAAUUGCAGCAAAAAUUAAACAAAACAUUUCUUUUGACAAAAUUUUAAAUGAGGUUCGGACCAAUGCUUCGCAAAGUAAGUUAGAAAGGCUUCAUUUAUUAACCAGAAAAGAUCUGCAUAAUAUUGAAGCUAUGAUUAGCUUGCAUAGUGAUUCAGAAAGGGAUGUUAAAUGUAUUGUUAAAACGUGGGAAUCUGAUGAUUGUAUGGCAUCAACUGGGGUAACAAGUUCAGAUAUCUCUGAUGACCCGGAAAAACUAAGGACCUCUCUGCAAAACAUGUUUGAUUUAAUCUUAAUGAAUGUUAAUAAUAGGGAAAAUUAUAGAGUGGUAGAACAAGCAUUGUUGCCUGUAGUACAAGAAUUUGCCACAUUAGUGUGAAAACAAAUUGAACUACUCUUAUAAAUGACUGAAAGAGGGUACCAGUUACCAGACUUUCCAAAAAAAUAAAAAGCGUAGAAGUUUCUGUCCUAUUUAUGUAUAUUAUUGUCUAGUGACCAGAGUUAUCUGGGAGAAGGUGUUUAGGUAUGAAACCAAAGACAAACCACAAAAACCAGUGUUUGUUUUAUUAUCAAAAGUUAGUUUAUUAAUACAUAAAUAAUAAUGAUAAAAAAAAUCAAGGUAAAACAGAAUACAUCACAAAUAAGAUGUGAAGAAGACAUAUAUAGAACAAAAUUUUUACCUACACUUAAAGAAAAUUAUGAAGUUGUUAUCAAAGAUAUGAAACAAUUGUAACAUUAUUUAACGUGGUUCAUGAAGAAACAAAAAUUAAAUUGAACUUCACAGCAAAAUUUAACAGAGAAGAAAAUGAAAAGAAUGACAAAAAAGGUGACCAAAAAAUAUCUAGAACCAAUAAAAAAACACUUGAGUCAGUCCAAGUUGACAGGAACGAAUAGCUGAAGAUAGGAAGACUGAAGCUAUUUAAGGAGCGAUGAUGUAAUCACUCCGUACUUCCAGUAGAGGGUUGAGGUACAUUUCUUUAGGAAAGGUGUUUUACAUUAAUAUUAUGUUAAUAAAGCUGUUGAACUAAGAAGCAACCAAAUCUGCUCUAAUAUGGACAAAAGUGGGGCCGAAUUUUUUCCUAUUAUUAGCUCCAUUCAGAAAAUGGCGCUUUAUGAAACUAAAUCUAAAUUUUAUUUAGUGGGUUCCAAUAAUACACAAACUCGGUUUCGAGUGUUGAAAAUAGAUCGGACAGAUCCCAAAGACUUGUAUAUUUAUGAUGAUAAGAUGGAGUAUACUGCAGAAGAAAUUCACGAUCUUGUAGGAAUGAUUGAUUCUGGCAAUAGGAAAGCUGGUGGAGGUGUUUCAAGAACUAUAUCCGCAUUUGGUAUUGUAGGGUUUAUUAAAUUUCUUGAAGGCAGUUAUAUCAUAUUAAUAACUAAAAGAAGAAAAGUAGCCGUUAUUGGUCAUCAUACGAUUUAUAAAAUAGAGGACACAAAUAUGAUCUACAUUCCCCAUGAAUCAGCCAGAGUUAUUCAUCAAGACGAAUCAAGAUAUGUGAAGAUGUUUCAAAGCAUCGACUUAGCCAGUAACUUUUAUUUUAGCUACAGCUAUGAUAUAACACAUAGUUUACAACACAAUUUAACAGAACCGAAACAAUUUCUAACAAACAAUUCCGAGAAAUCUGAAUCUGACACCCUCCCAGAUAACAAUCACGGGCUUCUAAGCAGCUCGGUGCUACCCCAAAGGAAAGAAAAACAACUUUUUGGAAUAAGAACUCAGCCCUAUGAAAAAUUUGUUUGGAAUCUUCACUUACUCAGCGAAGCUCGGAAAGCAGACCUUCAUCCAGAUUGGAUAUUGUUUGUAAGCCACGGGUUUAUAGGUCAAAGUAAUAUAAAUAUUUUUGGUAAAUCAGUGUAUGUAACGCUCAUCGCUAGAAGAUCGAGCAAAUAUGCUGGCACUAGGUUCUUGAAGAGGGGGUCCAAUUUCCAAGGAGACGUGGCUAACGAGGUGGAAACAGAACAGAUGGUUCAUGAUUCUGCAAUGUCUUCGCUGAGUAAAAGUCAUUGUACUUCUUUCGUGCAAAUGCGGGGUUCUAUUCCAGGUCACUGGAAGCAAGAAAUGGGCAAGAUGGUCGGCAAGCCAGCGAUUACCAUUGACUUUUACGAUCCAUUCGCCGAAACCGCGGGCGCCCAUUUCAACGAACUCUUCAAACGUUACGGCGCCCCUAUAUACAUCCUCAAUUUAGUUAAACAGAGAGAACGCAAAAAACAGGAAUCCCUAUUGAGCGAUCAGUUCAGCUCGGCGGUGAAAUAUUUGAAUCAGUUUUUGCCGGUCGACUAUCAAAUCGUUUACAAAACGUUCGAUAUGGCGCGGAAAAACAAAUCCAGCGCUAAGGUUUUAGACCACCUCGCCGGAAUCGCUAGAAGUGCCGUAAUGAAAGUGGGGAUAUUCCACAAUAAUGCGAAAUAUUAUUCGCAAGUGAACGGUACCGUCGUGGGUCAGACUCAAACAAGUAGCGGAAGCCGACAGACCGGUAUUAUCAGGACGAAUUGCGUCGAUUGUUUGGAUAGGACCAACACGGCGCAGUUCGCAAUAGGGAAAUGUGUGCUGGGGUACCAGCUGUGCGCAUUGGGAGUAUUGGAUAGUCCUAUCCUGGAAUUUGAUACCGACUGUGUUAGAAUGCUCGAGUCCCUUUACGAAGAUCACGGGGAUACUCUUGCGUUGCAGUACGGUGGUUCUCAACUGGUGCAUCGCAUUAAAACUUACCGGAAGACGGCGCAGUGGACGUCUCAGGGGAACGAUAUCAUGCAGACCCUGAGUCGAUAUUACAGUAACACCUUUUCGGACUCUGAGAAACAAAACGCUAUUAAUUUGUUUCUCGGCUUAUUUAAACCGGAAGAGAAUCAACCUCCCAUUUGGGAAUUUCCCAGCGAUUAUUAUUUUCAUCAUAAACCCAGUAUUUUUAGUAUGAAAUCGCUCACCCAGUGGUGGGACGUGGGCGUGUAUAAAAGUCUCCCUUACGCGUACAAUGAUUUGACGAAAUCCUGUUCGGAGCUGAUUCAAGUUUUGUCCAGGGAUAUAGAAAUGAUCGAUUCCUAUUUGGACUUUUACAGGCCCUAUGAGUUUAGUGUGCUGGAUGACGUGUAUGGUUACAAAAUAAGCAAUACUGUGAGAGAUUUCAUGCCCAGUUUCACGACUAACUAUAGCCCGUUUACGGUUAGGGUUCGACCAGUUAAAAGGCGGGAGGAUGUUUCGCAAAAGGGAAAUACAAUGAAAAAUCCAUCAGUCAGCGGGCAAAGUUCGACGAGUUCUACAGCUUCCAGCACUAGUUCUAGUAACGAUGGCGACACUUCAGAAGAUGACGACAGUUUCGCCUCUAUCGAAUCCCACAAGACCACUUCCAAAGAAGCGUCACCCGAGCCCGCAACAUUCAAAUCUUUGUUCCCGGGUACCCAAGAAUCUUAUGGAUUCGAAAUUAAAAAACCGUCCCAGGAAGAUAUUCUUCUAUACAAAAAGUAUGUAUUAGCUGGUAAACGGGCAAACGGCACAGCAGUGAAUUUUUUACAUUCUAAUUUGACUACCAUAAGGCACAUCAGCAAAUUUUCCAAGGAUUCAUCAUUGGAAGUUGCUGUACCGACUGUUAAAAAAGAAUCUAUCGAAAUUUACAGAAAUUAUGUGAAACUGGCUAAAACUGGAUUCAAUAUGCCAAAGCAUUCUGAUGUGGAAAUAUUCAAAUUGUAUGCUAAACUUAAGUGAACUUUUGUGUAUGUAUACUUGUGCGAAUUCCAUAGAAAUAAAAAUUGAUUAUUCUGGUUUA